AUGCCAGCCCCACCCAUAAUCAUCAACAACAACGUCUACCAAAGCAGUGGGUCUUCAAGUGAAACCGACGAUUCCGACCAAGAUCCCACAGGCGGCAAUUCGAAAACAUUCACGUUCAAGAAGGUUGAGAGGAAGGGACUUUCAAUCUCUCUGGAACUAAAGCGGUAUGAGGAGGAGCCGGGAGCGCCGAGGACAAAAACUAUUCACAACCCAAAGAGUGCGGAAGCACUGGCUUGGAACCAGCCGACAACAUCUCUGCUUGAUACUGGAUCCACCUGUGAGCUCCUAAAUAUACAAGCGUUGGAGUAUACUGCGGACGAUGAUGGCCUUGGGAAAACGACGCUCAUUUGCCCUGGAGGUUCAAUGAAGGGCUCAGACUCUGCAACAGUGCAACUGCGAUGGUUGCUUGUUUUGAAUUGCCCGCAUAUCUCCAACGAGCUUACGGCCGUGGCAGUGACGCUGCUGGACGAUGUUGAAAAGCGACAUAGCAAGAUGUCCGAAAGCGGAGCUUAUAUUGAACCUGGGACUGUUCUCAGAUGUGUUGGCAAGUAUCUGAGACACGCCGGCAACAAAGAGCAAUCCCUGGAGUGUGAAACCGCUUACUUCUUGUCAUCUCCACACAUUGAUUUCCGACAGUCGGCAGCUAAAACAGGCCCCAACGAAGGAUAUGGCCCCAGAAGUCUUCUCCAAUACCUGUACGGGUAUGAUCUAGACGAUGGCACUACGAAGCAGAUCGUGCAGAAGAUGGCCGGUGGGGAAAUAAACGAGCACCUUCAUGUCAAUCAAGUCUGGUAUCUAUUAAUCGGAUCAGACGUGCUGGUCACCAUGUCAGAUAUGACGAGGCCGGAGCUACAAGGAAACGGCAUAGCCGUGGACAUACGGCCCGUUUUCGAUAAGGGGUUGCUAUCCAUAUGUCUUUAUGACGAGGCAAGCCGACGCUAUAACAGCGUUGUGGACCUGGACUACACAUAUGUCGACCUCCUACAGCAUUGUGUAUCGCUAGUCAGAGGGAGCACUUACGACGCCUUUGAUUAUGAGCUCUUGAAUCCGGACGACGGAGUUUUGACACCAGGAGAGUGGCUCAGGCUCGUCUCUUCAUUUGACACAAAUAUGCUCACUUUCUAUUUCAGAGAGAAAGGGGCUGAGACUAGAGCCUCUCGCAAGUCAGAUGCUCAAGAUGCCGCUAGAACAAGUCGAGAGAGCAGAACCGUGAGCCGAAGGAGCUACUAUCGAGAUGAAGAGCGGCAAGUGAUAGUUCGCCGAGGAGAGUACGUUCGUAGAGAUAACCUGCCAGCGCAGCCUACGUCUCUAUCCACUAUGCCGAAGCCUAGUGUCUUUUCUGGUCGGUCAGAAGAUACAGCCCUCGUGCGCCAUCGUCAAGAUGGUCGAAUGAAGAGACAACCCAAGGCUGACUCGCCUCGCCGCUCUUACUCACCUAGCCCUCGCCGCUCUUACGCUCGUAGCGUAUCAAGGGGUCGCAGACGAAGAACAUCACCGACUUCCUGCUCCGAUGAGAAACCUGAGGAAUCACAGACUCAGUCGCAGAGUCGUGUAGACCACGGGAAUACUGGAAAUGACGGGCUGGAAUUAGCCUUCUCAGAUGGCCAAGCUCAUCCAUCGGUAGACGAUAAAAUCUCGGCAAGGAAUUCGUUUUCGGGCAAAAUUAAUGAGUCAACACAGACCAGCACGAAAGAUAGCCCAACUAUGACAGAGGACAAGAGGCUUUCAUAUCCAGCCUUAAUGCCUAUUUACCAAGAGGAGCAGGACUUGACUGCCGCUGCCGCCCAAGAUGUUGACCAUAUUGAAAUUACGAUGGAAGAAAUAUCGGAACAAUCACCUGAAGCGAAGAACUGGCCCGUAAUCCUUUACAAUCAGGCGUCUUCCCCCCAGGUUCCAACCCAAGGCGAAGACCUGAGUGAGCAAGAAGUGGACUCAUCGAAGGAAAGAGCUUUAUUAUCUGACAUAGAUUCUUACCCUGCCCUACCUCGACGCCGCAGCACAGGAUUCGGCUCCGUCGGCAACAGGGCAGUUACAUUGUACAGAGGUCCGAAGGCCAAGACCGACGAUGGAAUAAGAACCCGCGUUAUAAGUCGACCUCGCGGACGAGUAGUGUUAGAUGGUCCGUCAGAGUAUGGAAAUGAUGCCACAAAUCAUGGUCGGGAUAACCGAAGGGACCGUUAUGCAUCUCGGAGGUACCACGAAAAACCGUCAAGACCCCGUGGCCAUACUAUCAAGUGGACAGACAAGGUAGCCAAGUCAGAAAAGGUCACGAAUGAAACUUUAUUUCGAAGAAACAGGGGUACCUCGGUCUUUACACUAGGGAAUCUGUCCGACAAUGAAACGUCUAUCACUAAUUCCGACGAGGAAUCCUCAGAUGCAAGUCCUUCUGCUAAAUGGCAAAUCAACGAGAGCUUCUCUGUCAUCAAGCUCAUCAAGACGCUGGGGCCGGAACUCCGAUCUAGACUCCCAUACUACAUCCGAGGCUGA